AUGAGCGACUGGUUGCUAGCUAUUCAUUGUGGUGCUGGUCGCUACGGCGCCUCCAAUGAGGCUGCGUAUCUAGCACUGCUUCAAUCUGCUCUUGAGAGUGCUCACCAAGUUAUUGCACGUUCUCGUUCUCCUACUGCGGCGCAAAUCGCUGCGCACUUGCUGCAGGCUUUUGAGCACAGUCCGCUCACGAAUGCUGGUCUUGGGGCGAACUUGACGGAACAGGGGCGAGUGGAGUGUGAAGCCAGCGUCGUGUGCGGCCAGACGCACUUGGUGAGCUGCUGUGGAGCUGUGACGGGGGUCAAGGAGCCCAGCGCAUUGGCGUGGAAGCUCCUGGAGCAGACAAAAAGUGAUGAGACGAGCGCGACGUUUGCGUUCGGUCGACAACCGCCGCUUGUGGUCGUCGGAGAACACGCUCGACAAUUAGCGCGCGACUUUGGACUCGAAACAGCGCGUGACGAAGAGCUGGAGACGUACCAAGUGACGGAGAAGCCGCGAGAACAAUGGACCAAGUGGCAUCAGCGCUUUCAAGUAUUGGAGACCAAAGAGGAGCAUCUAGACACUGUUGGGGCUAUUUGUAUGGAUCCCAGGGGGAAUGUAGCUGCUGCGUUGUCGAGUGGUGGGGUGACGUACAAAGUCCCAGGGCGAUUGGGCCUCGCCGGGUGCCCGAGAAUGGGCUGCGAUGCAUCGAAUGCCGUGAAUAUCACGAGAAAUAGUCGCAAAAGAAAGCGAGGUGAGCACAUCAAAGUGAAGAAUGCGUUCGCUGUGGCCUGUACAGGGCGUGGAGAGCACUUUAUUCGGAGUAACUUGGUGGGGACGUUGACUCGGAGGCUAACAAAGUCUGCGGAUUUGGAGCGAGGACUACGAAAAGCAUUCACUGAGGCGAGUGAAGCGAAUGGUGGAGUGGGAAUUGAAGGCGGCGUGCUAGCAUUGGUAUCAGCACCAGCAAGAGGGGAAGAUACAACAGAAGGACGGAGAGUUCAGCUGGGAGCCGCUUUCACGACUCCCUGUAUGGGCGUUGGUUUCUUACAAUGCAGUGCCGAUGCCAGGCCUGAAGUGAAGGUGCAGCUCUUGCGGCAGCCAACAUCUCGAUCAGUGAGUGAUAAGCAGAAUCUUGCGGUCCACGUGUCGAUUUUGCGUGUAGGUGCUCGAGAAGAAGAACUGAAAUGCUCCAAAUGA